CGCAGGUAAAGGCUUUCAUGUUUGUUGAACAGCGACUUCGGUUGCAUCUGAAUCUGGUGUAAAGACACCACGCCUUUCGUCUCACAUCACCCAAAACAAUCGACCAAGUGUCAAUCACCCAAUUACACAUUCUGUUGAGAAAUAGCCUCAGUCUGGCAUUGUCUAUCAUCGCGGAUGCAAACCUAGCAAUAGACACACGAGCGAGAUGGCCCGACUCCGAGUUCCUGCAUCGUCAGUUCGGGUUCGCCAGGCGACAUCUAUAUACGCAGUCUCUAACAACCGAGCUACUAGACGAAGACAUGAAGGCCAAUCUGGGCGCGUACGUUAACGACCAGGAAGAUGAAGACCGAUCAUGGAACGAUUUGCAAAACUUCAUACGAGAGAAUCAGACCUUCAAAACCAAGUCUUCUGCAAGGGCGAAGCUACCCUCUUUGGCUCAAUGCAUGGCAAGGGCAGGUGUCGAUAACGCUGAUUUGGACCUUGAAUCUGACUCAGAAGACGACGAAAUUGAUCUCAGUCAAAAGAUCGAGCAUGCUGUAUCGGCAUUCGCUGAGAAGAUCAAAGAAUAUGAGAAGGAUGAGAAGGAAGACAAGGAACACGUUAACGCUGACCCGUUGAACAACAACUAUCUCGUCCACCACCCACCUAUGCUGUCGCCUCUGGAGUCUAUCGAUAUCUCCUACCCUUACAACAACAAGCAGAACUUUGGAAUUCGCAGGCACAGCGACGGUAGGUCACUUGCGUCGCUCAUCGCUCGCGCUGAUGAAAUCUCCGUUUCUUACAACGAAGAUGUCUGCUUGCCUUGGUCGACUUUCGAACCAUCCUCGCUGUCUUCAUCGCCGAAUCCGUCGUCUGACGCAAGCGUACUGGAUCUAUCUGCGGACGACGCACUUGCUUUGCUACGCGAGCGCUUCCGAAUCGUACACAACGUAGGUGGUGGUACAGGUUACUGCCGUCGGGAGUGGCUAGAUGCCAAGUUCAAGACGGGAUGCAGCACGGUGCAUGGGCCGUCCCUGUUGCGGUUUUCGACGAGCUGCUAUGAGCAUGUACAGCCACCGGUGAUCACGAACGCGAGUACCGCCACACAGCAGGACCAAUACGACCUCGUAUCUCGUGUCAGGAUUUCGCCUUCCAAGGAUACACUGAAUACCAAGUCGUCCGUUUGGACCUCCGCCUUCUCGAAAUGCACCUCCAUGACAUCAAUAUCUUCCUAUCAGACCGAUCGUCUACAGUCAGCAAACAAUGAACAUCAUCUCCAUAUGGAUGGCCCCGGUAUGGAUGUCGAGAAGUAUGAGCGCGAUGACAAGCGGGAUCGAAAGCGUGUUGAUAGCGUACCUGUCCUUACCACUAAAGGUUGGUCUGAUGAGCUACAAGUAGAGGAUAUUGAGCAGCUAUAUGCACCACUGUAUACGUCCGCCGAAGAUACUAGAGAUGUCCCUGCGACGUUCGUGGCAAACAAGACCCAUGACUCUCCGUUAGUGCGCGAGCGGACUGUAGACGAUAAUGUCUCAACUGAUUUAGAUUAUGAUUUGGAAUCAGAACCGGCGGCCCAUGAUAGUCCCAACAGUAUGCGGCGUAAGUGGACUAGCAGGAUGAAGCAUUUCAUUAAAAUGUUGCCAAAGAAGUCAAAGCAAGCCACACGCGACUGCUUUAGGGCUACAAAACAGUUCUCACGGACGGCUUGGAACUUGGUACCAGCUGCCGUACAGAGCCGGCGACCCUCUCCGAAGAUCGACAGCGUUAUCUAGGCGGUCGGCCAGGGAACUAUUUGAAGUUGACACGAUUGGCCUCACGGACCGU